AUGGGCAUUGAGAAAGGUUCGGUAGGCAUCUUGCCAGCAUCGUGGUAUUCUUCCCGAGAGAUGUACGACUUUGAGCGCCGCGCGAUAUUCUCCAAGAGGUGGCUGUUUGUUUCGCACAAGUCGCGUCUUACUCAGACUGGCGAUUGGCUUCGGUACAGCUUUGCGAGCUACGACAUCAUUCUUACAAGGGACAGGACAGGGGCCAUCAACACCUUUCAUAAUGUGUGCAGACACCGUGCCUAUCCGAUCAUCGAGAAGGAAGGUGCAGGCAACAACAAAAUCCUAGCUUGCAGAUACCAUGGUUGGUCCUAUGGACUCAACGGAAAGCUCGCAAAGGCGCCUGGAUACCAAGAGAUGAACCUUGACAAGGACCAGAACAGUCUUUUCCGCUGUCACACUAAGAUCGACCGCAACGGCUUCAUCUGGAUCAAUCUGGACGCAAAGGAGUCUCCCGAGGUGUCGUGGGAAGAGAGAUCCGACAGCUUUGAUGCUCAAAAUCAACACCAGCAAAUCGACUUUGACGAAUACAAGUUCGAAACAGAACUAAAGAAGGAGGGAUGCAGAUUUAAUUGGAAACAUGGACCCGCCGAGUCCACGUCGGACCAUGCAAAGAAGCAGCUCAACAGUACUACCAUCUUCUACUUCCCCAAUGCUUCUUCUACCGUCUCUUCCAAAUUUGUUGUCAUUCAAAAAGCCCUUCCCUGCGGACCGAACAAGACUACCAGGCAUUUUGAGAUCUACCGCCACAAGGACUGUUCGAACACUGAAUUCAAGGCCAUCAUUGAUGCGUAUACAAACGCACUGCAUACGGAGAAGGUGAGCGACAGUGCACCAACUUCCUUCCAGAGUAUCUUACGCGAUGCUAUCACAAAGCAUCACAAACAGGAGAAGGCAGUAGGCAAGGAAAUUUGGCCAUCACGACCAAAGGACGUGGGUGCUGCAGAUCAAGCCGACGAGGACGAGGAUAUUUGCGCAGGCCUUACCUGCGGGACGCAGAAGCAGGUUUUGGCAUGGUAG